AUGACUAAGGAGACACGACGAUGGGCUCUUGCAAGGCGGCGACCGACACUCUGCAUGAUAUCAGAUCAUAGCCACUUCUCCUACUCGGACAGCACGUCUAACGGGAUCGCUAUCCUGUUCUUCGGUUGGGCAUAUAUUCUCUGCAUGAGCAUGCUAGAGAAACAGCACAUUCCAAUGUGUUACCCAGACAGCAUACCCACACCUCCUCCCACUCAAGACCAUUGCUCAGAUGGACGAGAGCUCACUGUGGAUAUCGGGCACGUUUCUGAAGGCGAGUUCCUCUGGUGGACUUCCCUGCUCUCUCCAGGCCAAGGGUGGCGAUCGGCCAGCGGAAAACAUCCUGCAUGGGCCAUUACAUACACGGGCAAUAUUAAACUCCGAGUUGAAGCAAAAGUCGUACCGUCGGCCGGGUUGAAUGCAAGCCCGCCAUCAAGCAGACAAGCAGUGAGAUUUCUCUCCAGAUUCGCUUCCAUGUAUGACCUCGAUGGCCAAGCUCCCCUUGCUCUCGCUAUGGCUUUGACGCUUCCCCUACACAACGAAACGACCUCGGUAGUCAAACUGCCAAGACCAAUUCUUACCAGACAAGAUACCCCGAGAGCAUCUCUUUCAAGCAUCGAACGGGAGUAUAAGAGCUUAACUCACUAUAUGACUCUUAGCUCCAACCCUAUCUUCCUAUCGUCGGUGCUUUGGGCGGUUUUCUGGGAACCAGGUGUAGAGUGCAACCUAGUUAGCCCUUGGUAUGAUGCGAUAAUCAACAUAGUCAAGCCUUUAAUUAAUCGAGGCGAGCUCGAGAUGCUAGGCCAUAUUCUGGCGCUCCGUCGACCGAAUGUUGCUCCCCUAUGGUAUGGAAUUGCCGCCUAUGGGCAGACAAAGACGAUUCUCUCUAUCGUGCCCUUUCUCCAGAAUCUCUUUACUCCCGUGCCUUCAAGGCCGAUACCCGAAGUUGCGGUUGAUGAACUGGAGUUGCCUAUGCGGAUGCAUAUCAACUGCGAUAGACAUCAGUGGGCGUAUGUUCGAUGGACUUGGGCGUUGAGCAAUGGGAUCGUGUCAACCGAGACUUGGUCGCCACAGGACAGCUUCUCUCUCUUCGAAAGUGAGUCGCCGGUGGACUUGGCUCACGGUUCCCUCCCCGAUCCCGUUUACAAGCCAGAUCACAUAGCCUCAGAGAGGGCGGUUGGCGACAUAUUUCGAUGGUCUGCUACGGAAAUUGAGCCUACGGGGAAAAACAUAUAUCUGCAUCCUUGGGUUGACGCUCUUGCAGACCUAGAAAUGGAUGGAAAUAACGAGGUGGAUUCCAGCUCGGAUGCCCAACAGGACUCUUCUGACUCCCCUAUUAAACGGAUCAAGGACUGGAUUACAAAAAUAGACGCAGAGUGUGUAUAA